AUGACAUUAUCUUCUUCUGCAGCAAAACGUUCUAACGGUUGUCGGUUGACAUCAUUACCUAGUGAUUUUGAUCUGAAAUCAGAAAUGAGCAAUGUUUUACUCGAUCCUUCUGUACAAAAACAAUUAGCUGAUAUAUUUUUAUUAGACAGUAAUGAUUCUGUGAAUAACAGUGCGUUAGCCAGUGAUGACAAAAUUACAUCGACAUCAACAAAUGAUAUAAAUGACAUAACCGUGCCGGAUAGUAAUCCGCAAUCAGUGAUAAUCAUGUCCAGAAACGAACAUGAACACGAACAAGGAGAACGCAAUCCUACAACACGUUUACCGUCACCCAUUCGGAAAUCGGUGUCAAAAUAUGUUAAAUGUGGAUUAUCACAAACACAAAUUAAAUCAUCAUUAGUUCAAGAUCAUCCCAAUGCUCCAAUAACGGAAACAAAGUUAAUCAAUUUAGUGUCGUACGAACGUCGAAAGGAUAGACCAGAGAUCUUUUCAGUUUUCGAUUUACAAAACUGGUGUAACGAACAUAAUGAAGAUAUAAAUAAUAUUUUCGUAUUGUUUACCACAAAACAAUUAUUCCAACAGAUUCGUCUCACAACAUAUCUGCAAGUUGAUGCCACAUACAAAAUUACGUGGAAUGAAUUGCCACUUCUGGUUUUUGGAUCAACGGAUGCCAAUCGUCAUUUCAAGCCGUUUGGUGUAGCAUUAAUUUCUCAUGAUGAGAAUGCCAAAUGUUAUAACCAAUUAUUUACAUCAAUUAAUGCGUUAGCCGUGCAAGAAUUCACUCAGCCAUGUUUAAUUAAUCACGUGAUGGCGGAUGGAGCAUUAGGUAUGCCACAACUAUUUUUCAUCUUUUAUCUUCACAUAUUCCGUUUAUUAUUCAGGUAUCACAAGUUCUCAACAGACAGUGUUUCCACACAGUCGUCGUAUGAUGUGCUGGUUCCACAUGAUCCAAAAAUGCCGAUUACAUCGCAAUUUAGUCACAAAAGAACAGUGGAUGAUGUGUUCAAUCGUGGUAUAGAUUUACUAAUACAAAAAUGGAGUGCCACUCCAGCUACGAAGAAGUUUUCGGAUUACUUCGUUGAUCAAUGGAUAACAAAAUUACCCUAUUGGUACGAGGGUGCUGCGUUUGGUAAACCAUCCACGAAUAAUGGUUGUGAAUCGAUGAAUGCCAUUAUAAAAAUAUACACUGCGUAA